AUGGCGGAUGAGGCCGGUGCCGCCGCGUCCCAGCGGGACGCAUCGACUCCCGCCCGCUCCCAGGAGAGACGGCUUACGCAGCCACUUCCACCCCUGCAGAUUCGUGUGCGGCCCUGGUGGUUCCCAGUGCACGAACUGAGACACCCGCUGGUGUUCUAUCUGGAGGCUUGGCAGGCGGACCUGAUUUUCGGCCUAGACCGAGACGUAAUUCCAGAGAUGGAGUGGAUGAGCCAGACCCUGCUCUCAGUGGACAUGGUGGACGACGGGAACUUAGUUGAAGUCAAGGUCUUCGGACGGCCGCGAGUCCAGAAUCGGGUGAAGACCAUGAUCCUGGGCCUGGCUUGGUUUUACCAAAACCGGCGUGCCCGAGCUGAGAAGAUGAAACAGCUUGAGGAGAAUUUAAAGUCCAAUGCAUCAGGUUCCUACCCUGCCAAGGAUGCUUUGCUUAAGGCAAGAGAAUUAUCACCGUUGUGAGAACAGUCCUGCUUCUGCUACUGAAGGUGAAGAGAAGCCAAGUACAAUAUUCCUAAACCUCUACAUUCCUUUUUCUUGAGUCUUGAUGGAUAGUGGUUUACUUUAUGGCAAAAAUGAGUUUGUAAAACUACUCUAAAAAGGAAGUGGA